GUUCAUUGAACAGUUUGUAGUUUCUACACGUGCAACGCACAACACAUUUUUUAUUAAGCUGUUAUUUUUAAGUUGUAUUAAUAAAAUGGAUGAGAAAACAUUAAUUGAAACUGUGCACACUCAAAAACAAAAAGUGCACGUUCCUACAAUGUUAACCUUUCAGAAUGGAUCCCUUGGCGCUUCCGCCGAUUUCAGUUUAAUUGAGAACAAAAAGCAGCGCAAUUCACGCAAACGAGCGAUGAUCGUAGCCGGGAGUAAUGUCUACUCUGGUGAUCUGCAGGAGAGUCAAGAAUUCGAUACGUACAUUUGCAUACGUAACAAAAACACCAACAAAGCAACCAUUGUGCCCGUUCAACAAGCAUUGCUCUCCAAUAGCAUCUACAAAACACUGGAGGCACAAGGUCAACAGCCAUUCUUCAGCAGAGAGCACGCUACAAAGAAGCUGCUCAAAGAGUUUGGCGGUCGCAAAGCUUCGCGCUAUAUGGCCAAUACCGAGGAGAUGAUGGUCAAUGUGGAUGUAGUGCGCCAGGAACUGGAUGAGACUGUUCAAAGCUCAGUGCGCAAUGGCGGAGAUGAUGAAGAGGACGACACAUUGCCCGAGGUGAAUACCAAUAACCCCGAAUACUUGGCCACCAUUGUGCCCGCCUUCGAAAAGACGGCAACGAAAAUAGACGAAGUUUAUGAUGUGGAGAACGUGGUGCCACAAUCGCUGCUCGACCGCUUGGAUGAGGAAGCCAAAAGUGUUUAUGCGACACCAACAGAAAAUUUACCCAUUGAAUCGGAUUAUUUGCGUGAAUGCAUCAAGCGCAUACAGGAGAAACCAAUUGCUUCGAAGCAAGACUUUCUCAACAUCAAGCUGAUCAUCUACAUGGAUGCGCUGCAAUCGCUGAUUUCGCUGCGCAAGCGCCAAAUGAAACGCGUGGAGCUCUCGCGCAUCACAGAGAAAGUCGAGAACGAUAUACGACAUCGUUUUUCCGAUCCCAAUGCGGCCAAGUCCUGCACACGUACCACGUUCAGCACAGAGAAGGCUCUAACGCAUUUUAUUGUCCUGGCGCUGCUAAUCAGCGAAAAGCACGAAGUGGACUCGAAUACAUUGUCGCGUAUUCUGCGAACAUCGAAGCAACGCAUCGUAACCUAUGCUCACAUUGUGAAUGCACGUCCCAAGGCGCGUUCGGACUUGCUAACGUUGCGCUUGCCUAGCACGGUGCCACCUCUAAAAGUCUCUGGACGUUUCCAGCGUAAAAAGUAAACAAUAUUUAAGACACCCUGUAUCGGAUUGCAGGCAGCAGCAGCUGCAUCGAUUAAACAAAUUCACAGGGUGUUUUGUUGGCGUUUAUUUCAAGGCCGUUUCAAAUUCAUUUUAUGUGUAUUUUUUAUUUAGAUUUUAAUUAAAUAUCAUGAGUAACAUUUCAACACUUGGCGUGCAGCACUCGCUUUGUUUGCUUCGUUUGUUAAUAAGAACUCAGGAAAAAUAAUACAUGAACAUUUCAUUUUGCUAAAUAGUUGGAAAUUUUGCAGGGUGAUAGAUUCCUUCUUUUGUUUUCAAAUAUAUCCAGAAUUCGACACUGCUUUGCUCGUCAUAACAAUUUCAUUAUAUACCUUGGAAUAUUGUUACCCGCAUUGGGUCUGUAUGUGAGCUGUAGAUGAAACAAAUUAUUAGUGCUUAUUACAUUUGUAGUUAAUCUUACUACUUACACGCAAAACAAAGGCAAUCUUGUUAAUCCCUCCCCCCAUUUUGUUUUUUAUAAGUUGUUAGUUUAGUUGUUUUUAUCGUUCGUCUUCUUAACAUCAUCAUACGACAUUGUCCAAUUUAAACAGCCAAGCCGAAAACGGAGACAAUGCAGUACAUGGUUUUAUUUUCCCAGCGAACUGUGCAGCUGCCGUCGGUGUCGUUGUUCCAAUAGCAGGAGCUCGCAGUGUGCAAGCCAGCGCCAUUCUUUUGCAUAAUCAUCGCAGUCACAAUAUAUUUGUAUGGCUUCUGUUCCUUCGUGAGAACUGUCAAACAGUUCUCCACUACCUGGCCGGUCCAAUUGUUUACCUUGUCAUGCUGGUACGCAUUGCCACCGAUAGUUGUCUCGAUUGCCUCCUUAAUUGUUUUGCUCACAUCAUCCACAAUAAAUUGACUUUCUUCGCGUGACUCAUCCAUAUCUGUGUUUGUUUAGUUUACCACAAUUGCGCUUAGUUCUUGCAAAUAGUAUUUAUGAAUUAUCCGUUUUCUUUUUUGCUAGUUGGCGCGCGCUAUUUACAAGCGUUGUGUUGGCGCGUCCGAAUUGUCACACAAAAAAAAUAUGUCUGUUCUGUCUGGU